CUGCGAGAACAGAGCACGGACUAUCUCACUGCAGCGGAUCUCCAAGGAGCUUGCAUCUUCUCGAGGUGAGUUGUGAAGAUGUACACAUCAAGGAAGAAAAUCCACAAAGAUAAGGAUGCGGAGCCAACUGAGUUUGAGGAAUCAGUUGGACAGGCAUUGUUUGACCUGGAAAAUACCAACCAUGAACUGAAAAGUGAUCUGAAAGAUUUAUACAUAAAUUCAGCAGUCCAAAUUGAUGUUUCUGGGAACCGCAAGGCUGUAGUUAUCCAUGUCCCCUACAGAUUAAGGAAGGGUUUCCGGAAGAUUCAUGUCAGGCUUGUCAGAGAGCUUGAGAAGAAAUUUAGUGGAAAGGAUGUAAUCUUGACUGCCACCCGGAGGAUAUUAAGGCCACCAAAGAAAGGUUCUGCUGCUCAGCGUCCCCGCACCCGAACACUCACUGCUGUGCACGAGGCAAUGCUGGAGGAUGUUGUAUUGCCUGCUGAGAUUGUUGGAAAGCGUGUUAGGUAUAGAAUCGAUGGAUCCAAGAUCAUGAAGGUGUUUUUGGACCCUAAGGAGCGAAACAACACUGAGUACAAGUUGGAGACUUUUUCUGCAGUAUACAGGAAACUUUCGGGCAAAGAUGUUGUGUUUGAGUAUCCAAUUGCAGAGGCUUAGGUUCUCGUUUGUUAGUUUUGAAUUUAUCCAUGAAUAGCAUAUGGUGGAUGCUGGUUAAAAUUUUGUUCAAGUUGGGGCUUUUCAUGCUGGAUUUUCUUUAGUUUCUUUUAAAAAGUACUGUGGCCUGGUGCAUCAACGUAGCAUUUGAUAUGUUUUCUUAUAAAAUCUAAACGAUUCUCCUA